AUGGCCUGGUUCUUUAUGCUAGCGGCCAUCGGCCUUCUACUAGUAACCGCCACCGUGACUGCUACGAUAAUCAGCACCGGUGUUCGUUUGCUGCAAAACUAUAAGGCAGCUCGCACUAUUGGUGUGCCAAUUCGCAUCAUUCCCAUUAGCCCCGUCAAUCCGUUCUGGGUUCUACUGGACAGAAAGGUUCUCCCAUUCUUCCGCCGCCUGCCAUUUGGGCACAACAGCUUUACUCGGUAUAACUGGAGAGGAUGGGAGGUCGAAGAUAGAUAUCGCUCUCACCAUGAGAUGGGCGAUAUCUGGGUCCUGGUAACGCCCUUGAGAAAUUGGCUUUACGUCAAUGACCCCGAUGCGUUAAUGUCAGUUUUCCGGCGUGGAGCUGAAUUUCCCCGGCCCGUGUUUGUCACUGCGGUUCUGGACGUCUUCGGACCAAACAUAUCUACUGCGGAAGGGCAACGAUGGAAAACGCAGCGGAGAAUAGCGACCCAUUGCUUCAACGAGCAAAACAACCAAAUUGUAUGGACUGAGGCACUGACUUUAGCAAACGAUAUGCUCAGCUAUUGGGCAUCGAAAGACUCCAUCAAGUCUUCUGCCGAAGAUCUGCGUACGCUGUCCCUUCACGUACUUUCCCGUGCUGGUUUCGGCAAAUCAUUCAAAUUUGAGGGCGCCGACGAGAGGGAUCCGUUCACUAGCCCGUCAAGUAAUUAUAAAGAGUCCUUACAGACAAUCCUUGAGAACUGCGUUCUCCUCCUUGCCCUCGGUAACAAGUUCCUCGCGAACCCCUGGCUUCCUCGCAGGUUGAGGCUUGUACACGAAGCAUGGGUUUACUUCCAUGACUAUAUGACCAAUAUGUACGAAGAGGAAAAGCGCACGUUGGCCGAAGGCAAGACCUCUGAUCACAACCUCCUGACUUCGAUGGUUCGGGCCUCGCAACAAGAUAAAGAGAACGAUGCAGAGGCUCCGGGUCUUACGGAAGGCGAGAUCUACGGCAAUAUGUUCGCAUUCAAUUUUGCAGGCCACGACACUACAGCUAAUACAUUCACCUUCGCCUUGCAUUUUCUGGCAGCACACCCAGAUGUUCAAGACUGGAUGUCGGAGGAAAUUCGAAAUGUUUUCGGAGACUCCGAUCCAUCUCAAUGGGACUAUCGCGCCCACUUCCCACGCCUUAAGCGCUGUCUGUCUGUCAUGUAUGAAACGAUGCGUUUAUACACUCCUGUACCUGUGCUCAAGUGGACCGGCGACCGAGAGCAGCCGCUUACCGUUGGUGGUAAGACUUUUGUUCUCCCCCCUUAUACUAUGGUUGCCCCCAGUUAUGGCUCGAUACAAACCGAUCCCAAAUUCUGGGGAUCAGAUUCUCUCGACUGGCGGCCGUCACGCUGGAUUAAGUCUGCCGAAGUAUCGGGAGUCACCGCCGAGUCAUCUACUAGCGUCGAGGAGCUAAAAAUGCCUCCGCGUGGUGCUUUUAUCGGGUGGUCUGAAGGUAUGCGAGACUGCGUGGGGAGGAAGUUCUCCCAGGUUGAGUUUGUGGCUACAAUGGCUGUACUUUUCCGUGAGUGGAGAGUGGAUCCGGUACCACUGGAAGGCGAGACAAUGAAUGCGGCACAGAAAAGGGUCCUCAAUCUCAUUGAGACAGAUUCGUACCCGCUCGAGCAAUUCUACGCCCGUAUCCAGCUCCCCCCUGCUCAGCGCCUCUACUCCAUCGCGCCCCUCUCCCCCUCAGCCCAGCUGUCCUAUCUUGCGCUGCUGCAGAAACACACGCUCGUGCACAUCCCCUUCGAGAACCUAACGCAGCACUACUCAUGGCACCGCGUCGUGAACGUGCACCCGCAGCACCUCUUCACCAAGAUCGUUGCCCCGCCCAGCUGCCGCCGCGGGGGCUACUGCAUGGAGGUGAACACGCUGCUGCACACCGUGCUGCUGAGCCUGGGGUGCACGGUCUUCAUGGCGGGCGCGCGCGUGUACGCGCCCGAGACGGCGCGGUACGGCGGCUUCUCGCACUGCGUCAACAUUGCUGUCGUGGGCGGGACCCGCCACAUGCUCGACGUCGGGUUCGGCGCCAACGGCCCUACGGCCCCGCUGCCGCUGCUGGUGCCGGGCGCGGAGUACCCGCACAUCAGCCUUGGCAGAUCGCCUAAUGCCCACCCCAACUCCAACUCCAACUCAGACGUCGACGCGGAAGCCAGCGCCAGCGCCUACAUGCGACUCGUCCACGAGCCCCUCCCGCAGCAAGUCGACCAGACGUGUCGGGUGUGGGUGUACCAGCACCGGGUCGCCUCCGUAGCGCUCGACCAAGACCAAAGCAGAAGCGAGUGGGUGCCGAUGUACUGCUUCGUCGACAUCGAGUUCCUGCCCGAGGACAUCCGGGGGAUGAACCUGAGCCCGUGGAAGAGCCCGAGCUCGUUCUUCACGCACAAGGUCAUGGUGGCGCGGUUUACGACCGACUUGGAAAAGGAAGAACAAGACGACGGUGGUGGUGGCCUGGAGCUGGGGCCGGGGUUAUCGACGUCGUUGGACGGGGUGGCGGUGGCGGAGGGCACGGUGGACGGCGCGCUCGUGCUCUUUCACGAUGCGUUGAAGUGGCGGCGUAACGGGGAGGUGAAGCUGCAUAUCAAGUUUGAAGACGAGGCGCAGAGGGUGGACGCGAUACGCAAGUAUUUCCGUAUUGAGUUUGACGAGGAGGACCGGGAGGCUAUCCGUGGUACGGCAGGGGAGAUCAAAUAUUGA